AUGGUUACACGCUCGCUGCUUCAUCUGGCCCGUACAGCAGGCUCUCCCCAUACCUCGCAAGUCCUGCCUGCACUACAGGAGCAAUGGGGCGGUGGAUCUCUAUCUCCUUGUCCAGAUAAGCGGGAUAAGCAGCAACAGAAGUACGCCCGGCACAACCAGAUUCUUACCAUCAUCGUCCACGCAAUAGACCAGGUUUUGGAUCGUGGCCGGGAGACGUUAGCGCAGACCUAUAUAUCUGUCCAGGAGAUCUUUGGCUGCCGGAUCCCCCGCCAACGAACGCGGAGACGGCCCCUAGGACGGCUCCAGCCAGAGACCGAGCGACAGUACGUACAAUAUUGGAAACAGUUUCUCUGCUUUCUUAUCCGUGCUAUUUCCCUCCCUGAACCAGAUCGGAUCUCUCUGCUAGGGGUCUAUCUAGACAAGGAGCAGUCCUACACACUCCAGAUCCUAUAG